AUGCUUCAGAGACCAACGAUAACAGUGACCGGUCCAAAUCUUGUAUUUUACGGUACCCCACUUGAAUUGAUAUGUCGUGCUAGUUUCCCAUCUUCAGAAGCUAAACUUGAUCCAACCAUAUCCCUGGAAUGGUAUCACCGUGGAAUUCGACGUCUAUCAAAUCCAUACAAAUCUGGUGGUGUAUAUAUUACCCUACGGUGGCUGGAUUCUCAUCUGCUAGAAAGUCGAUUAUUCAUAGCCUGGGCAAGUGAAGCUGAAGCAGGCCAGUGGAUAUGUUUAGAAAGAUCAAAUCCUAUUAAAAAUGUGAAUUUAACAAAAAUGUCACCGAAUUACCAUAAACUGGAAUAUAUGGAGUUGAAUUCACAGUCACCUGCCUACCUUAAUAAGUCUGCAACAUACAGUCCAUCAAGGCUUGACUUUGUUUAUGAUAAGAUUUAUAUAGAAAUAAUUGAUCUCCCUGAUACAACAGACUCUGUACACUCGAAAACAGUCAGUACAUCAACUGAUGUGCCAACACUAUCCUCCUCCUCCUCGUCCUCCAUGUCCUUUUCAUCACCUCUACACUCAUCAUCGUCAUCAUCAUCAUCAUCAUCAUCUACAUUCAAUCGUAAAUUCAUUCGACCGAAUAUACUGAGUGAAACAAAUCACUUAAAGGUAAAAAGUGAUGCAAAACUAUCUUUUGUUGAACGUUUAAUACGUUCAAUGAAUUAUUGUACACGUUUACAAGUGAACAAAGACACAUUUGUAGUAUUCAUUCUAUUAAAUUGUUACUUUUACACAUCUAUAUUACAUCAUAUUUUAUAAAAAAAGAGAAAGUGAGAGUGGGUUUGUGGAGAGAGAAACACAAUGAGACAGAAAGACAAUCUCAAAAGUUGUAAACGGAAAUGUAUCUUCAGCAUAAACUGAGGGAAUUUUAUUCUGAUAUAGAUUUCAGUUGUAUUACUUCAUUUCUUAUCUUCAAAUGAGUCUUUACCUUCGAUUGUUAUUAUUUAUGUAAAGGAGGCUAAAGACAUCUAUACAUGUAUAUGUAUGUGUUUAUUCUUUUUAUUGAAAGAACACAGAGUUAAUUUAUAAGUAA